AAGAACACAUUAAAGCUCGAUUGUCAAUUAAUUUGAUAGGCUACUGGUUUGGUAAUUUCUUUUUGUCCAGUUUGCUGAAACUUUUGAUCCUUGUCAAUGUUCAAUGUACAUAUGCACACAUAUGUAUACAUGUACACAUAUGUAUGUGUUAAUAGAUACAUAAACAAACAUAUUGGUGCAUGUGCAUACAGAUGUGUCUAUAUAUAGAAUGCAGGCAUGCAUGUACAUAUGUAUAAAAAUUACAUAUACAUAUUCAUUUAUAUAUACAUGCACAAAUGUAUUUCUUUAUGUUUGUGUAUAUGUGUAUAUACAUAUAUAUAGACAUAUAUACAUGCAUUCAUGCAUGCAUAUAUGUAUGCAUACAUAUAUGUGUACAUCCAUAUGUACAUGUAUAUGUUAGUCUGUGAAUCUCCCAAAAAGAAAUUUGUCAAAAGGAGGCCAUUAAUUUGGAAGUACAUAUGCCUAUGUAAACGAUGAAGGGUAGAUUCGAGAAAUGAAAAAAAAAGUGCUUCAUUAUUGUAAAUAGUUGUAGUGAGUCUGGAAAAUGUGGGACUUUCCUAAAUUUCAUAAAGCCAUGAGAUAAUAUAUAAUCAGAUAUUGCCCUACUUGGUACAGUUGUGACUGAAGGGAUCUAAUGUCCUGUCAUAUUGGACUUAAAAUUUGAGGGAGAAGUUAGUGCAGAUAUUUUGCGCUUGUUUAUUUGCUAAAAUGCAUGAGUUUCCACAGCUGAGAAGAUGAAACAUAUGUUGGAGACUUGGGAAGGGGCUAAGUUUUGGAUGGGGGAGUUUUGUGUUGAGAGAUGGCAUUUUGUGGCAAAGUUUCAAGCUUGAUUAGGCAAAGUGUUUUGAAAAUUUCUGUCCCAUCUGGACCUCUUCCGUCAACACACAUGCUCAGUGCUAUCCGCAGUUUUACAUCUACAAGACUCUUCAUUGGAGGUCUUUCAUUUGGAAUUGAUGAUCAAACACUAAAGGAGGCAUUUAGCAGUUUUGGGAAUGUAACUGAAGCACGGGUUAUCCUGGACAGAGACACUGGCAGGUCCAGGGGCUUUGGGUUUGUGAAUUUCGAAAGUGAUGAAGAUGCCAGCGCAGCUAUGUCUAGCAUGGAUGGUCGGGAACUGAAUGGAAGGACCAUUCGCAUAAGCUAUGCUAAUAGUGAUAGACAACCAGCUCGUUUUGGUGAUUACAGUGGCAGGAGCAAUAGAGGGUUUCAAGGGAAUGGGGAUUCAUAGACUAGACCAGCUGAUGAUGGAUAUUGAAGGCUUUAGUUAAAGUCUUGAAUGUAUAUAGAGGGGUAUGCUAUUUGAGUCAUGUUUGUCUGUUUGGAUCUGUGGAGCAGCCUUCAGUUAUCUUGAUUCAGAGUAAACUAAUUAAACCUGCAAACUGGUCUCAAGAGUCAGUUUUAACUAUAAUAUACUCAUGUAAUUGUUUUGGCAAUGGUGGGUUGCAUUUCAUCUGUGUGAUUCAUAAGCUA